AAAAAAUGCCUUUAAUCACUUCCACAACCUGAAAUCAAAUUCCAGUAAACAAUUAAUACCCCACGAAAACAUAAAAAUCCAAAACUGUUGUCGGAACCAAAAACCACUUACUGUUAUGCGAGGAGCUAAAGUCUUGGCCGCAUGCCUCUACCUUGCUGCAGCCGCAACGCUGGUGGUCCAAGCCGAAGACCCUUACUUCCACCAUGUAUGGAACGUGACCUAUGGAACCGCAUCUCCUCUCGGCGUUCCACAACAAGUCAUUCUAAUCAACGGCCAGUUCCCUGGUCCCAACCUCAACUCUACCUCCAACAACAAUAUCAUCAUCAAUGUCUUCAACAACCUCGACGAACCUUUCCUCCUCACUUGGAAUGGGAUCCAGCACAGAAAGAACUGUUGGCAAGAUGGGACUCCAGGUACUAUGUGUCCAAUCCCAGUAGGCACCAACUACACUUACCAUUUCCAGCCUAAGGAUCAGAUCGGUAGCUACUUCUACUACCCGACCACAGCGAUGCACCGUGCCGCUGGUGGAUUCGGGGGACUCCGUGUCAACAGCCGUCUCCUCAUCCCGAUCCCUUACGAUGUUCCGGAAGAUGAUUACACCGUCCUCAUCGGUGACUGGUACACUAAGAGCCAUACUCAGUUGAAGAAGUUCCUUGACGGUGGUCGUACUCUUGGUCGUCCAAACGGUGUUCUCAUCAACGGAAAGGCAGGGAAAGGCGAUGGAUCUGACGCACCUCUCUUCACCUUGAAGCCUGGAAAGAGCCACAGGGUUAGGAUCUGUAACGUGGGUCUCAAGACAUCUCUCAACUUUAGGAUUCAGAAUCACAAAAUGAAGCUCGUCGAGAUGGAAGGAUCGCACGUUCUUCAAAACGAUUUUGACUCUCUUGACGUCCACGUUGGUCAGUGCUUUGGUACCAUCGUUACCGCGAAUCAAGAACCUAAAGAUUACUACAUGGUUGCAUCCUCUAGGUUCUUGAAGUCGGUUAUUACAACAACUGGACUUCUCCGCUAUGAGGGAGGUAAAGGACCAGCCUCUUCGCAGCUUCCGGCUGGUCCUGUCGGAUGGGCUUGGUCGUUGAACCAGUUCCGAUCCUUUAGGUGGAACUUGACGUCUAGUGCAGCUAGGCCAAACCCUCAGGGAUCUUACCACUAUGGGAAAAUCAACAUCACACGCACAAUCAAGCUAGUGAACACUCAGGGGAAGGUCGAUGGUAAGCUUAGGUACGCGCUGAACGGAAUCUCUCACACUGACCUCGAAACUCCGUUGAAGCUCGCCGAGUACUUUGGUAUUGCCGACAAGGUCUUUAAGUACAAUAGCGUCGAUAACCCGACCGCGGAACAGACCAAGAGCAUCAAGAUCGAGCCACACGUUCUUAACAUCACUCACCGCAACUUCAUCGAGGUGGUGUUUGAGAACCACGAGAAGAGUGUUCAGUCUUGGCACUUAAAUGGUUACUCUUUCUUUGCCGUCGCUGUGGAGCCAGGGACUUGGACCCCAGAGAAGAGAAAGAACUACAACCUCUUGGAUGCAGUGAGCAGACACACAGUCCAAGUCUACCCAAAGUGUUGGGCAGCAAUCUUGCUAACAUUUGAUAACUGUGGAAUGUGGAACAUUCGAUCUGAGAACACAGAGAGACGUUACUUAGGACAGCAGCUUUACGUGAGCGUCUUGUCGCCCGAGAAGUCACUUAGAGAUGAAUACAACAUGCCUGAGACAAGCCUCCAAUGUGGUCUCGUCAAAAACACACCUAAACCUGCUAACCCUUACGCUGGAGCCUAAGUUUACUUUUAACAAAACAAUAACAAAGAGUUUAGAUUCUUCUGCUGGUUUGAACGAUGUGAGACAUUUGCACGUCUCUACCCAACGGAUUAAUUUUUCUUGUUUUUUUGGGGUCUUUUUGAUUAUUUUAAUUUUACAAAAUUGAUUUUUUUUUUAAAGUAUAUGGUUUAUUCUUAUAUGCAUGAGAUUGAAUUUACGUCUAUCCCUUAAGUAAUUUUUGCUCAUUUAAAAAAACUCAUUAAUCUUCUCUCUUUUUUGGUUCUUCACCUUUUUCUUUCGUAAGAGUAUGUAA